AUGGCGCAGGAUCUGAAUAAUCCGUUCGCUGACAAGAACAAUCUCAUUGAUUUGGAUCUCAAUGAAUAUCCAACUACCGAACAUCCUGGCGAGCGAUAUCCAGUUUACGAUAGUCCUUACACAUAUCCCACAUCAUCGACAAGAGCGGGCGAAAACAACGCAAAUCCUUUCUCGGACACAUUAGAGCUUUCGGAUUUGGAAGAUGACUCGUUCUAUGGCCAGGGGUCAUCCCAUGGCUUGCACCAUGAAGGUUCGAAUCGUCAAGUUCCUCUUUUGAGCACAUCGAACGAGCCCCAACAAGAGAAAGCGCCUGGUUUUUUCCAAAACCUAAAGGCGGGCCGCAAAGGAAAUGCCUCGGGCGCUUACAUUGGAAUGGUCGACGACUAUACAGACCAUAUGAAGGAUACCAAUACUGGUCUGUCAGACUUUGACAUUCGGAAAAUUUUUAACAGAGUAAAAGGCGUUUUCCGGAGAAAAAAUGUUGAGGACGCCACCGCUGCAUUGGGUCCACGGCAUAUUUACGUCAUGGAUCGGGCCAAAAACCUGUCUUUUGGUUUCUAUGGAAACCACAUUUCUACGACUAAAUAUAACUUUGCGACCUUCUUACCCAAAUUCUUGUUUGAACAAUUCAGCAAGUAUGCCAAUUUGUUUUUCCUUUUCACCUCCAUUAUUCAGCAAGUCCCCGACGUUUCACCCACGAACAGAUACACCACUAUCGGAACAUUGACUGUGGUGUUACUUGUUUCUGCGACAAAAGAAGUGAUGGAAGAUAUCAAGCGUGCGAACGCUGAUAAAGAACUUAAUAACACAAGUGUGCUAGUUCUAGACCCGGAGACCGGCGAGUUCCACUCAAAAAAGUGGAUUCUGGUUCAAGUGGGUGAUAUCGUGCGUGUCAACAACGAAGAAUCUUUUCCAGCAGAUUUGCUUCUUUUAAGCUCUUCUGAACCAGAAGGUUUAUGUUACAUCGAAACGGCAAACUUAGAUGGUGAAACGAAUUUGAAGAUCAAACAAGCCAAGUCGGAAACUGCGUAUUUGGUAGACCCACAUUCAUUGGUGUCUGAUUUAUCACAUACAGAAAUCAUGUCCGAACAGCCAAACUCGUCCUUGUACACUUAUGAAGGAACUUUGAAUAAUUUUGGACCAUCUUCUAAACUCCCCCUUUCACCUCAACAAUUGCUUUUAAGAGGUGCAACUCUAAGGAAUACCCAAUGGAUCCAUGGUAUUGUGGUGUUCACCGGUCACGAGACAAAGUUGAUGCGUAACGCUACAGCUGCGCCAAUCAAGAGAACAGAUGUGGAGAGAAUCAUUAAUUUGCAAAUCAUCGCAUUGUUUUCGAUUUUGAUCAUAUUGGCCCUUGUUUCCUCCAUCGGAAAUGUUGCCCAGAUCCAAAUCAACAAGAAACACAUGCCAUACUUGUACUUGGAAGGUACGAAUAUGGCCAAGUUGUUUUUCAAGGACAUCCUCACGUUCUGGAUUUUGUACUCGAACUUGGUUCCGAUUUCUCUUUUCGUCACUGUGGAGAUUAUCAAAUAUUACCAGGCAUACAUGAUUGGAAGUGACUUAGACAUGUAUUAUGCCGAAUCUGAUACCCCAACCGGCGUGAGAACGUCAUCUUUGGUCGAAGAAUUGGGUCAAAUUGACUACAUUUUCUCUGACAAGACAGGUACACUCACAAGAAAUGUCAUGGAAUUCAAAGCUUGCACAAUUGGAGGUAAAUGCUAUGCUGAGGAAAUCCCUGAAGAUGGCCAAGCUCAAAUGGUUGAUGGAAUUGAAAUUGGCUUCUACAGCUUCAACGAUUUACAGGCUCAUUUAAGAGACAAUCUCCUGCAACAGUCUGCCAUCAUCAACGAGUUUUUUGUUUUGCUCAGUACAUGCCACACUGUCAUUCCCGAAGUCAACGAGGCCACAGGAGCGAUAAAGUACCAAGCAGCUUCUCCUGAUGAAGGAGCGUUAGUUCAAGGUGCUGCAGAUUUGGGUUACAAAUUCACCAUUCGUCGUCCAAAGAGUGUCACGAUACAUGCCAAUGCCACAGACACCGAUGCUGAAUAUGAAUUGUUGAACAUCUGUGAGUUUAACUCUACUAGGAAAAGAAUGUCCGCAAUCUUCAGAUGUCCGGAUGGAAUGAUUCGUCUUUUCUGCAAAGGUGCAGACACUGUGAUCUUGAAGCGUCUUUCAGAGUUGGAGCCUCAGCCGUUUGUCAGCGCAACCAUUAGACAUUUGGAGGAUUUUGCAUCCGAUGGUUUGCGGACAUUAUGUAUCGCAUCAAGGAUUGUUCCAGAGGAGGAAUAUCAAGCAUGGGCUACGCAAUACUACGAAGCUUCUACUGCACUUGAAAAUAGAAGCGAGCAACUUGACGAAGUUGCGGAAUUGAUUGAGAAAGACUUGUUUCUUUUGGGUGCAACUGCAAUCGAAGACAAAUUACAAGAUGGCGUCCCAGAAACAAUUCAUACUUUACAGAAUGCGGGAAUCAAGAUUUGGAUUCUUACUGGCGAUAGACAAGAAACCGCAAUCAACAUCGGAAUGUCGUGCAAGCUUUUGAGUGAAGACAUGAAUCUUCUUAUCAUCAAUGAGGAGACCAAGGCCGAUACAAAACUUAAUUUGAAAGAAAAGUUGGAUGCAAUCAGCGAGCACCAGCAUGACAUGGAUGCUUCUGUGUUGGAUUCCUCAUUGGCCUUGAUUAUUGACGGCCAUUCCUUGGGAUUUGCUCUCGAGUCUGAUUUAGAAGACCUCUUUUUGUCAUUGGCAACCCGCUGUAAAGCCGUCAUUUGCUGCCGUGUUUCUCCGUUGCAAAAAGCAUUAGUCGUGAAAAUGGUUAAAAGAAAGAAGAAGAGAUCUUUGCUCUUGGCCAUUGGAGAUGGUGCAAAUGACGUUUCUAUGAUUCAGGCUGCGCAUGUUGGUGUUGGUAUCAAUGGUAUGGAAGGUAUGCAAGCAGCUAGAAGUGCAGAUGUUUCUAUCGGCCAGUUCAAGUAUCUCAAGAAGCUCUUAUUGGUGCAUGGUUCUUGGUCGUACCAGCGUAUUUCCAACGCCAUCUUGUACUCCUUCUACAAGAAUGUUGCCUUGUACAUGACGCAGUUUUGGUUUGUGUUUUUAAACGGUUUCUCCGGCCAGUCCCUUAUUGAAUCGUGGACAUUGACAUUUUAUAAUGUUCUUUUCACCGUGUUCCCACCAUUUAUAAUGGGUGUUUUUGAUCAGUUUGUCAGCGCUCGUUUCUUGGACAGAUAUCCACAAUUGUACCAGCUUGGCAAACCAAGGAAAUUUUUCAAUGUCACUACUUUCUGGGAAUGGAUCGUCAAUGGCUUUUUUCCACUCGGAUUUGAUUUUCGUGGGUAUGAUGGUCAUGACCUGCAGCUCGUAGUUCCUAUAUAA